AUGGAUGCAGCUAGAAGUCAAUUAAAAAACUUGGGGGAGAUAUCAAGUACCCAGCAAAGUUUAAAAUAUCUUACAGAAAAAACAUACUUAACUCUUAGAGAAGGACACAAAGACUUAUUUGAACAACAAGAUAAUUUAAAAAAAGCUCAAUUUUAUGGACAGUUAACUAUAGAAGACAACAUAAAGAGGCUAUCAGACGAGAAAAGAUUUAUUGCUGAAACGCAUAAUAAUUUAGUUGUUAUGACUAAAAAUAUCCAACAGAAACUGGAAUCAUCUUUGGAACAGAUGCAAGAUCAAUCAGCUGAAAGUAAAAUUAAUCAUAGGGAGUUGAUUAAUGAUUUGUUAGUAAUUCAAGAAAAGGCAAAAGACAUUUUUGAGAGAAUAGGUACCAGUACUAUUUGA